CCCGCCCGCUUGGCCCCAACUGCCCAUCGCCACCUACUGGUAUUUCUUUCUCUGCUCCCCCGUUCCCGGCAAAAAUCUUCGUCGACGUGUUGUAGUUGGAACCAUGGCGAAGGCGUUAUCAAACUUGCUCUUCAAGGGCUUGGCUGGUCUGCCAGCUACUCGCACUAGCAGAAUUGUACCCGGGUUUUGUUACCAAUCUGGAAUGGCAUACGCAACGACUGUUCCUGAUGAUCCUGAUACCCAUGAAGAUUUCAAACCUACAAAUAAACUUGAGAGUUCUGUCCUUUCUUUGAGAGAUGUUGUUGAACAGGAUGUCCAGCAAAAUCCUGUGAUGAUUUACAUGAAAGGGGUGCCGGAUGUUCCUCAAUGUGGAUUUAGCGCUCUGGCAGUUAAAGUGUUGAAGUUAUAUGAUGUUCCUUUGAGUGCAAGAAGUAUCUUGGAAGACGCCGAGCUUAAAAAUGCUGUGAAAUCAUUCAGCAACUGGCCAACAUUUCCACAGAUUUUCAUAAAAGGAGAGUUUAUUGGAGGAUCAGAUAUCAUACUCAGUAUGCAUCAGUCUGGAGAAUUGAAGGAGAAGCUCAAAGAUAUUGCAAACAACCAGAAGACUGAAUAAGUCAAGUAUGAAGAAGGAGAUAUGGUUUAACCGAUUUUGUUUCGUUUUUCUUAAAACUCAAUACCAUAUACAGGUUUCGAUCCAACAAAUCCUGUGGAAUUAGAAACUCAAACAUCCAUUACAUUUGGUAUUCAUUCUUAAA